GACAUCCCAGGACGAAACAGCCUGAAGAGCCAAGAGCAAAGGACAGCUUGAACCAAGACUCAGCACUAUAGGAAAACAGCAUCUCAGGUUAUAAAAACGGGCUUUCUUUCCCUGUGUAGUUUGCAAAGCCCUUGAGAAGCAAACGAAGCAAGAGACAACGUUCUCAGCCAUCUCCAGCAAACCAGAGGAAGAUUCACUGCACUUUCAGACAUGAAGAGAGACGCGGCUGAGAUUCAGGCCUUUUACGAGCAGCAGGGGUACAUGUCGGCCAUUCCCAUCCUGAGUCCUGAAGAGCUGCGGCAGGCCCGGGACGCCUUCGCUGAGCUGGAGAGAAAACAUGGUGAAGAUUACACCGCUUACAGCCUUCAUAAUGUCCACAAGGAGUUGGACUGGGUGAUGGGCCUCGCCAAGCACCCUAAGCUCCUGGAGGCGGUCACAGCGGUUCUGGGGCCAGACGUCAUCCUCCUGGACUCAAGAUUCAUUUGUAAAUAUCCAGUACGUAAAACGCAAAAAAGCAAUGGCAUCAUCCAACUGAACAACACCUGUGAUAAGGAAAAGGACGGCACUGAGAAGACAGAAGUGAUGCCGUUUGUGGCCUGGCACCAGGAUAUGAAGUACUGGGGCUUUGAUGGAGGUCCCGUUCUGUCCGUCUGGCUCGCUCUGGAUGACUCACUCGAGGACAACGGAGCACUCCAGGUCAUUCCAGGAAGCCACCACGAUGGUCUUCUGCCCCAUCACCAGGCAAAACGAGCUGGCAACAUGCUUAGUGUCAACCAGGAGAUCCCAGAGGAGCUGGUGGAGACGGAGAAGGCCAUCUUAUGCCCCCUUCAAGCUGGUCAGAUGUCUAUCCAUGAUGGACUUCUGGUUCAUGCCAGCGAUCCCAACACAUCUAAUAGGAGGCGCUGUGGUUAUGUGAUCCGAUAUGUCCCUACAUGCACUUUUCCAAUCCAGGACCCUGAGCGUCCCAGGACUUUUCCUGCCACGGUGCUGGUCAGCGGUACUGACAAAUACAACCAUUUCUCCAAAACCUCCGGACUGUGACCGGCUUAUAAUGACCUCUUUGUUUAGGACAUGGAUGCUUUGGCUUUAUGAACUAAUUAAGCUCUUACAAUGUGUGUGUCACAUGGAAUAGCGUUUCAGUCAUUCUACCAUUUUUUUCUUAUUAUUCAGCAUUACUUGUGACAAUUUUAAAGUUUAUAUUUAUAUUUAUAUGUCAUAUAUUCCUUUUUAAGUUAAAAUGUGGGUAUUUAUCUUUCAGGCGUUUCAGGAAAUCAUGUGUUAUGGGAUUUUGAACUGUAUGUGUCUUUUGACUGUCACUUUCUGAAUAU